AUGCUUUAUUUGAACAAAUUGUGUUUAUUUUACUUGUUGUAUUUUAAUGAAUUUCUAAGUUUAGUUUUAGCAUUCACACCUACAAAUACAGUUUGGGGGCAUAAUACUGCUCUUGCUGAUUCUAAAAUAUACUUUACAGGUGGAGUGAUUCCAAAACAAACAAUUUGGAAGACUGUCAACGAUUUCUUUAAUACACCAAAUGAACUUGCCACACAAUCUAAAGAAUUCUAUUAUUUAGAUGUAUCAAAACAUUUUAAAUUAAAUGAGGGUGUAAUGCCUUGGGCGGAUCUUGGUUCUGUGUCAGGAAUUCCUCCAUCACAUUCUUGGAGCGCAUUUUCACUUUGCGGACCUGAUACUUUAGUGAUGUCUGGUGGAGAUUUUGGUUAUCCACAUAUCAGCAAUUCAGUUUUCAUUUAUAAUAUCAAAACACAGAAAUGGAACAUGCCAACAACUACCAAUCAACCUUAUAAUGAAUAUAGCCGUUCUGUUUGUGACUUAAAGACUGGAAAAAUGUAUAUAUUUCCUGAUAUUGAACGCUAUGAACAUCCGAGAAUUGAUAUUUUGGAUACAAUAACAUUAACAUGGAGAGUUGUUUAUAAUUAUAAUUAUUACAUAGAUGGAAUGAUUGGUUAUACUGUCACUUUAUUACCAAAUGGUAACAUUGCUUAUAUAGGAGGUAUUGAUUCUUAUGGUUCACUAGUAUCGAUGUCAAAGGUAAUAAUGAAAUAA